UGUACCUGUAUGUUGGGGUAAAGACAAAAUUCGUCGCUAGGGCCCUUAUCAUUCGCAUGGGAGUUUUGUUUGAUGCUUACUUACUGAGACACGAGAUAAAAAGCGCGUUAUAAGUUUCAUACCACUUGGUGUUCUAUGAGUACAAAACAACACCACGUUGUGUUGAAUGGAGAAACGACAAAUACUUUGUAGCAAAUAAGUUCGAAAUUAGUUUUUUAAAAUGAUGACCGCAACAAAUCUAAUGGACAACUGUUACAUACCUGCAGGAUCAGCGGCCAUUCUCAACAGUGUACCGUCGACACUUCCUGCUCCUCCGCCGGCGACUCUCAGUGGUCAGUUCCCAUAUGACCCGCCAGACACUAAAGAAGGGAUUGAAGAGUUGUGUCCAGUUUGUGGGGACAAAGUCUCUGGCUAUCAUUAUGGUCUACUGACCUGCGAAUCUUGUAAAGGAUUUUUUAAGAGGACUGUCCAGAACAAGAAAGUUUACACGUGCGUUGCUGACAGAAACUGCCUUAUUGACAAAACACAGAGGAAGCGAUGUCCAUACUGUCGGUUUCAAAAGUGCUUAGAUGUCGGUAUGAAACUAGAAGCUGUGAGGCCGGAUCGGAUGAGAGGAGGUCGAAACAAAUUUGGACCUAUGUACAAACGAGACAGGGCUCGUAAAUUGCAGAUGUUACGUCAAAAGCAUAUUGUCCAGUCGCACUGCUUGGCGUCCCCACGGGAAAUGGCGCCUUCCAGUCCUUUUCUACCUCCGCAGGCAGUGUCGGUGACAGUAGGUGCGCCUUCUAUGUAUUCCACAGACCUAACUCAAGUGAAACAAGAACUGAUUCAAAUCCCUCACCUCAGUUCAUCAACCAGUUCUCCCGAUUCUUCUUCCCCUUCUUCUAUAUCAACCACUACACAGCCCCACAUCUCCAUGCUUCCACAACUAUCCAACCAACACCAAUACCCUUCCGUUUCUCAUCUUAGAGACCACAGUAAGACGACGUGGAUGACAACCACUCACCACCCAUCCAAUUCCAUAAUUCAUCACCCAACCUAUUCCCCCAAAUCUUAUCAAUGUGAUCCCGGCCCUUCAUCUGCAGUACCUGUUCCCCUGGCGACCGGAGGAAACAGCAUACCUGAUCUUAUACGAGAUCUUCAGAUGUCGUUUGUUGAUGACAAAGAAUGGCAGAGUCACCUCUUCAGUCUUCUUCAGAGUCAGACGUAUAACCAGUGUGAAGUUGAUCUCUUUGAGUUGAUGUGCAAAGUAAUAGAUCAAUCUCUGUUUGCUCAAGUUGACUGGGCCAGGAACACAGUCUUUUUUAGGGAUCUGAAAGUUGACGAUCAAAUGAAACUUCUUCAGAACUCUUGGAGUGACCUGCUUCUGCUGGACCAUAUGUAUCACCGAAUCCAUAACUGUCUCCAAGAAGAAACCAUCUUACCAAACGGACAGAAAUUCGAUCUGCUAGAAAUGGCUUUAUUAGGUCUCCGGUCUUUAUCCGAACAGUUCCAUCGAUUAAGUGUUAGACUCCAGGAUCUGAAGUUCGAUCGCAUAGACUACAUAUGCCUCAAAAUGUUAAUAUUACUUGAUCCAGAAGCCCCACAAAUUACCAAUGUCAAGCUGACUCAUGAAGCACACGAGGGGACCAGACAGGCUUUAUUGGAGUACUGCGCUUCAUUUUAUCCUGAAUAUCCGGACAAGUAUGGUCAUCUUCUCCAGACUAUGACUGAAUUAAGGCACAUCAGUACACAAGGCGAAGACUUUCUGUACUACAAGAUGCUUAGUAGUAAUGCAUCAACGCAGACUCUUCUAACAGAGAUGUUACAUACAAGAAAAAAAUAACAUUUAUUAAAUAUUAGCAUCUUCUGUUUCGAACCCAUAUUGUUGUACUAGCAACUUCAGAUGUAGACAAGUAUGACUGAUCUUUGUGUUUAAAUCAUCCCGAGUGACCUGAUGUCAAAGUAAAAAAACAAAACCCACCACAGGAUGCAAAACAACCAGUGUAAGAAACUGUGAUGCCAGAAGGUUUUUUUUUUUAAAAAAAAAAGAAACAUGGUCCUAGUGAACAUCACUCGAAAUACAAGGCUUUUAAUGCAAGUUUACCAGUUUCUUGUUUUGUGCUCUGCUGUUGGCCUAGUUGUAUAUGAUAAACCUUCACUGUCACGAUACACAAUUUGGUGAUCUGUUUUUCUAUAUGCUUAUUUGUGUAGAAGAAGAAGAAAAAAAAAAUCACUGCCAUAUUCCAAUUUUUUUGUGUGCUGGAAAUAGUUUUAUAUAAUUUGAAUCAAGAAAUGGCCCAAGAUGUAAUAAAGAAGAAAAAAAACUAAUUAGAAAAUUGAAUUUCCAUUUAACUCAGGGAAAAACAAAACCAUCCAGUUAAACUGCACUCGCCUGCAAGUCGGACUGGAGAAUUUGUAACACCACAAAUCUAGGCAGAAUCCAGAUAACAAGAACAAGCAACCUUUAAACACUGCUCUGAACACAAACAAACUGAAUAGAAUACUGUUGUUGUUGUUGACAAGAUAUGUUUGUCAUUGUUGUUAAAUGAAUGGUGCAUUAAAAAUGCACAUAAUAUGUAUACAUUCCUUCUUUCUUUGCCAUAGCUACGAGAUUAGUCUGAAAGGCUGCAGUGUUAUUCUUCAGCUAUUGGUGUUGGGUUUCUCUGUGGUGAUAGACAGAAAAAAUAAGAACUUUUAUAAAUGUGUGUACAUAGCAGAACUAUGGAAGAUACGAGCUGAUAUACAUAUAUAUAUGAACCCAUACGUUAUUGUAAUAUUGGCAAAAAGUGGAAAUAAUUAUAUGUUUGUUAUACUGGUUUAUGAUGACUUGUUUAAUCUUAAACUGUUUUAUCUAAAAAGUAUACAAAUUGGUCACAAGUUUACUGCUAAAUGCAAGGAACAUGAAUUCACAUUAAUCACCAAGGUUUUUAUUGGAAUAAAAAUAAAUAAAUGUAUUACAGAUUCGAGUAAAACUAACUAAAACAAACCAGGUUCUCGUAUGUAAUUCCAUGACAUUUUGAAGACAAGUUUUAACAUCUUAGGAAUAUCAAAAUUCAUGAAAAAAUAUACAAUAAUGACUAGAAAAAAAAAAGUCAUUAAAUUCUUUAAUCUUUCUUCAUACAACAUAAUGUCGGACCUUUUAGUGUUUAAACAUACAUAUUUUUUUCCUCAUCAUACAAACAAGCUUAAUACGACAUCAAAGUGGCCCUAACUCGCCAAGUUAAAUGAGCUGUCAUGGCGGGAUCAGUAAAGUAAAA